UAUGGUAUAAAAGUUCUACGAUCGCUGUUGCUUAGGUUAUUGAUUUUUAAUUGUAUGACAUAUGUUUUGAAAAAACAAAAAUAUUUCGAACCGUAUUGUAUGAUGGCUGUUGAGCGACAGUUAUAUCAGUUCUAAAAUUAAAACAUUCAACAUUCAAAGGCUUGAACUAUAUCAUGUUAACUAUGAGUAAACAUUGCCAUACAGAAGACCUGUUUGGCUGCGUUGUAAAAAAAAAAGCAAAAGAGAGAGAGUGAGAGAGAAGCGGAGACUGAUUUCCUUGUACAUAAUGACAAAUGGCAGACACUGAUUCACAAUUAAAACGACUUCUACUUCCAACAGAAGAAACAUUGUUUGAACAGUUAUUACGGUUUGGACUUUAUAUUGGAGCAGUAUUUCAAGUUAUAUGUUUAUUGGCUAUAGUGAUUUAUCAGGCUGGUCCAUCUGAUGGUAUUGCUGCAUUAAAGGAUGAUCCAAGCGAUGUGGAAUGCUCAGAAAACAGUCCUCAAGUUACUCCUAGGAGACCUCAUCGACCACGAAAACAGGAAAAGAAAAAAAGACGUUGAAUUGUGUUUUGUUGCUGUCAAAAAAUAUGCAUUGUCUGCCUGAAAUAUUAUUUUUAAUUAGCACUAUUUAUGAAAUUUCUUCUAUGUGAAAUUUUUUGUAAUAAUUUAAUUGAU